AUCGACCCAGACAACCUCCUCGAGCACGUGCCCACCAACCCGUUGAAGCCGGCACAGCUGGUGCUGCACCGCAUGUCGUUCAUGGGCACGGACUGGCUGGCCGUGCGCCUGCGCCAGGGCUCGGGCGAGCCGUGCCUGCAGUUCUGCAGCCUGGCCGUCACGCUCUGGAACCUCGGCCGGAGCUCUUCGAGGAGCGUGGUCGUCAAGGCCUGCGACGGGCGGGCCGACAUGCCGUGCUUCGCCUGCGCGCCCACCGUGGCGAGCUCCCUCUCGUGGCUGGAGCUCGCGGAGGAUCUCAGCGAGCUGGCCGACAUCGUCCUCGAGUCCACCCCUGGGCAACGUAAGCGGCUCGCUGCGGAGUUGCGGCGUUGGGCAGAGAGGCCCCGCAAGAAG